UACAAUAGUUACUCCUCCAGAUUCCAGAGCCUCGCUCUGUGUUUCGUUGCUCAGCCAAACUUUUUCCUCUCUCUCUUCAUCGCAAUAACACAAAUCUCUCUUCAUAAUCUCAGUUUCUGUGAUUCUUUCAAGCAUUUCUCAUAAUUGCAUCUGCCCUUGUCUUAUUACUAAAAGAUGCCGGCUGCCAUGCCCAAUACGUCUGAUAAAGAUGGUGAGCCAUUUGUUGAAGUUGACCCUACUGGAAGGUUUGGACGGUAUGAUGAUCUGCUUGGUGCUGGUGCUGUGAAGAAGGUUUAUAGAGCAUUUGAUCAAGAAGAAGGGAUCGAGGUGGCUUGGAAUCAGGUGCGAUUGAGGAAUUUUAUUGAAGAUCCAAUACUCAUCAACAGGCUCCAUUCAGAGGUUAAGUUGUUGAGAUCACUAAAGAACAAGUAUAUCAUUGUCUGCUACAGCGUAUGGCUGGAUGAAGAACAUAGUAAACUGAAUUUUAUUACUGAGGUGUGCACGUCUGGAAAUUUAAGAAACUACAGGAAGAAGCAUCGCCAUGUCUCUCUGAAGGCCUUGAAGAAGUGGUCAAAGCAGGUACUUGAGGGGUUAGAGUAUCUACAUACACAUGACCCAUGCAUUAUUCACAGAGACUUGAAUUGCAGCAACAUCUUCGUCAAUGGGAACAUUGGUCAGGUGAAAAUUGGUGAUCUUGGCUUUGCAACAAUAGUGGGGAAGAGCCAUAUAGCGCAUUCGAUUAUAGGCACACCAGAGUACAUGGCACCAGAGCUUUAUGAGGAAGAUUACACGGAAAUAGUAGACAUAUACUCUUUUGGAAUGUGCUUGCUAGAGAUGGUGACAACAGAGAUACCAUACAGUGAAUGUGACAGUGUUGCCAAAAUAUACAAGAAAGUGACUAGUGGAGUAAAGCCCCAAGCCAUGAACAUGGUGACAGAUCCAGAAGUGAAGGCUUUUAUCGAAAAGUGCAUAGCUGAGCCAAAGGCAAGACCUUCAGCUACUGAACUUCUGAAGGAUCCCUUCUUUUCUGAUGUCAAUGAUGAUGAGACAGAGCCUGAGACAGAGCCCGAGCCAGAGCCCGAGCCAGAGCCAGAGCCGGAGGCUUGAAAACUUUUCUGGUGAAUCAUAUGCCUGAAAUUGAUCUUUAACAUUUCUUUGAAUCAAAGUCACUCGUAAAUAGGUUUUCUAGUCAAAAUGUGAACCUAAAUCUAUAUUCUCCUCCUAUAAUAUACCUUAUAGUAUGCAUUUCCCAUUCAGCAUUUUUAUCAUGUAAAUAAAUAGUGUGCACUGUGGUAGUAGUGUCUGUUUAGAGAGUGAAUUCUCUUGCUAAUUGGAGUUUAUUGUAAAUCGUUUCACGUAUGAGUAUUUGCAGUAAUUCUCAAAUUUUUUUCUGAAGUA